AGGUUGCCUAUGCUUAACACCACAGGCAGUCUUCCAUUGCACAUGCGUCGAUAGUGCUGCAGAUCUUGCUCCGUUGUGGCCCCGGAACCAGGCACGGGAUGUACAGUGUCACCGACGGGUGGGUCGGCUAUGGCCACAGGGUCCACUACUCUUCAGGCUGUCCAUCGUCGACAAGGUAUGGGGAACCAUAUUUUCCCUACUGGUACCAGGCGCGAUCGGUGGUGGGGCCAAAGCUGACAUCCUUGGGUGGCCAAUCCCCUGCAGUCCAAUCCCUCGUCCACCAGGAGGAGCCUUGGAUCUUCGAUGCCCCCAGGGCAACGUCGGCCCACCACGCCCUCCGACUCAGCUCGGCGAGAUGAACUGGGUGGUGCUUCUCGUGGCUCCAACACGAGUGCCUUUGAUCAAGACAUUUUCCAGGCGAGUAGCACCCGCAGUCGCAGUGUGACUGGAUCAAAAGCGAGGAGCACGGCAAUUCCGCAUCGCGAAGGCCUGAACUCCGGAGGCAGCUCUGGAUCCAGCACCUGCGACAAAUGCGACGGAAAGCAUCCAACCGAAUCGUGCCCUCACUUUCGGAAAGAUCGCGAGAAGCAUAAAGACGCAUGGGUGAAUUAUGGCUGCAAGAACAAUCCGCAUCAAAUGGGCGGAAGUGGCGGCAAUUACGUGCUGCGGAAUGCCAGGGUCAUCCCGCAACCGGGCGAUGGCAGUUGCCUGUACCAUUCCAUCAGCUAUGGACUGCGUAACAUCAACGCAUCCACCCUCCGUCGUGAAUUGGCCGGUUUCCUGAAAGAGAACCCGAAGUUGGAGAUCGCAGGGGAUACACUCGAGGAAUGGGUCAGAUGGGACUCUAAUUCGUCAGUGAACGAGUACGCACGGCGACAAGCUGUUUCUGGCUGGGGUGGCGGGAUCGAAAUGGCAUGCUGCUCAACCCUCAAGAGCGUGAACAUUCACGUUUACGAGAGCAUGGGCAGGUAUUCCUCGGAGUUCAAGCGCAUUUCAUGCUUUGAUAAUCCACAUGCAGUCGAGCGCUGAGUAGCCACUGUACUUUACCAAGGUGGCUUGCAUUACGAUGCAUUGCAGCCACUGGCGACAUGAGGCUUAAGACUCUUAUGACCUGGCCAAUGAAUGACAUCUGGUGAGAGAUACUUGAUCACCCGCGAUGUCACCAUUCUUUGGGCAUGUUCGUGCACCGCGUUUUUCCAACAGAGCUCAUCUCAUAUCGGCUCAUGGAAGCGAGCCCACGAAAUGAGCUGUGAAGACGAUCGAAGUUGGCCGGAUUGGAUCAGUUGCAUGUCCUGUGUCCACCGCCCGCGUGGUGGCUUGGGCGGUUCCUCACAGUUGGACCAUUCCAC